AGCAGAGCCGACUCCGUGACGCACCCUCCCUGUCUCCUGCCCCAUUCCCGUGGGGCCUGGGCAAAGGAUGGCGGGGACCAAGGCCUGGGUGUUCUCCUUCCUGGUCCUGGAAGUUGCUUCCGUGUUGGGGAGGCGGCCGAUGCUUACCCAGUCCGUGAGAAGAGUCCAGCCUGGGAAGAGGACCCCCAGCAUCUUGGCCAAGCCUGCUGACCCAUCAGAGAGUCCUGGCGAGUGGACAACGUGGUUCAACAUCGACCACCCAGGCGGGCUGGGUGACUACGAGCGGCUGGACGCCAUUCGCUUCUACUAUGGUGAUCGUGUGUGCGCCCGUCCGCUGCGGCUGGAGGCUCGGACCACCAACUGGAUGCCCGCGGGCAGCAAUGGCCAGGUGGUCCAUGGCAGCCCUCAUGAGGGCUUCUGGUGCCUCAACAGGGAGCAGCGGCCUGGCCAGAACUGCUCCAAUUACACCGUGCGCUUCCUCUGCCCACCAGGGUCCCUGCGCCAGGACUCCGAGCGCCUCUGGAGCCCGUGGUCUCGCUGGAGCAAGUGUUCAGCUGCUUGUGGUCACACCGGCGUCCAGACCCGCACACGCACCUGCUUGGCAGAGACGAUGGCACUGUGCACUGAGGCCACUGAGGAGGGCCGGCUCUGUGAGAGCCAGGCCUGCACAGUGUGCGACCUGACCUGCCCCAUGGGGAAAGCGAAUGCUGACUGCGAUGCCUGCAUGUGCCAGGACUUCAUGCUUCACGGCGCCGUCACCCUCCCUGGCGGUGCCCCGGCCGCAGGGGCCGCUGUCUACCUGCUGAGCAAGACGCCCAAGUUGCUGACUCAGACAGACAGCAAUGGGAGGUUCCGUGUCCCAGGCUUGUGCCCCGACGGUACAAGCAUCCUGAAGAUUAUGAAGACCAAGUUUGCUCCCAUUGUGCUCACAAUGCCCAAGACUAGACUGAACGUGGCCACCAUCAAUGCAGAGUUCAGGAGGGCAGAGACCCCGUACAUGCUGACGAGCCCCCAGACGAAAGCACGGAGAGCCGGCCAGAGCGUGUCCCUGUGCUGUAAGGCCACGGGGAAGCCCAGUCCAGAUAAGUAUCUCUGGUACCACAACAACACCUUGCUGCACCCCUCCCUCUACAAGCACGAGAGCAAGCUGGUGCUGAGGAACCUAAGGCAGGAGCAGGCCGGGGAGUACUUUUGCAAGGCCCAGAGUGAUGCUGGGGCCGUGAAGUCCCAGGUGGCCCAGCUGAUGGUCAUAGCACCCGAUGAGACUCCUUGCAACCCAGUCCCCGAGAGCUACCUGAUCCGGCUGCCCCAUGAUUGCUUCCAGAAUGCCACCAACUCCUUCUACUACGAUGUGGGCCGCUGCCCCGUCAAGACCUGUGCAGGGCAGCAGGACAAUGGGCUCCGGUGCCAGGACGCCGAGAACUGCUGCGGCAUCUCCAAAAUGGAGGAGAAGGAGAUCCAGUGCAGCGGGUACACGCUGCCCACCAAGGUAGCUGUGCAGUGCAGCUGCCAGCGCUGCACGGAGACCCGCAGCAUCGUGCGGGGCCGAGUCAGCGCUGCGGACACUGGGGAGCCCAUGCGCUUUGGCCACGUGUACAUGGGGAACAGCCGCGUGAGCAUGACCGGCUACAAGGGCACUUUCACUCUCCACGUCCCCCAGGACACGGAGAGGCUGGUGCUCACGUUCGUGGACAGGCUGCAGAAGUUCGUCAACACCACCAAGGUGCUGCCCUUCAACAAGAAGGGGAGCGCGGUGUUCCAUGAGAUCAAGAUGCUUCGACGGAAAGAGCCCAUCACUCUGGAGGCCCUGGAGACCAACAUCAUCCCCCUGGGGGAGGUGGAUGGCGAAGACCCCGUGGCUGAACUGGAGAUCCCACCCAAGAGUUUCUUCCGGCAGAACGGGGAGCCCUACACUGGGAAAGUCAAGGCCAGUGUGACCUUCCUGGAUCCUCGCAACGUGUCCACGGCCACAGCUGCCCAGAGCGACCUGAACUUCGUCAAUGAUGAAGGCGACACCUUGCCCCUGCGGACCUACGGCAUGUUCUCUCUGGACUUCACAGACGAGGCCACGGCAGAGCCCCUGAAUGCCGGCAAGGUGAAGGUGCACCUCGACUCGACCCAGGUCAAGAUGCCGGAGCACGUGGCCGCCAUGAAGCUCUGGUCGCUCAACCCGGACACGGGGCUGUGGGAGGAGGAAGGGGAUUUCAAGCUGGAGAGCCGGAGGAGGAACAAGAGGGAGCAGAGGACGUUCCUGGUGGGCAACAUGGAGAUCCGGGAGAGGAGGCUGUUCAACCUGGACGUCCCCGAGAGCAGGAGGUGCUUCCUCAAGGUGAGGGCCUACCGGAGCGAGAGGUUCUUGCCCAGUGAGCAAAUCCAGGGAGUCGUGGUCUCUGCGAUCAACCUGGAGCCCAGAGCUGGCUUCUCGUCUAACCCGAGAGCCUGGGGCCGCUUUGACAGCGUCAUCACGGGCCCCAACGGGGCCUGUGUGCCCGCCUUCUGUGACGACCAGUCCCCCGAUGCCUACUCCGCCUAUGUCUUGGCGAGUCUGGCUGGGGAGGAACUGGAAGCUGUAGAGUCCUCCCCCAAAUUCAAUCCCAACGCCAUUGGUGUCCCUCAGCCCUACCUCAAUAAGCUCAAGUACCGUCGGACAGACCAUGAGGACCCGCGGGUUAAGAAGACAGCCUUCCAGAUCAGCAUGGCCAAGCCAAGGCCCAACUCAGCCGAGGAGAGCAAUGGGCCUAUCUAUGCCUUUGAGAACCUCCGGGCCUGUGAGGACGCACCGCCCAGCGCAGCCCACUUCCGGUUCUACCAGAUCGAGGGGGAUCGGUAUGACUACAACACAGUCCCCUUCAAUGAAGAUGACCCCAUGAGCUGGACUGAAGACUACCUGGCGUGGUGGCCCAAGCCUAUGGAGUUCAGGGCCUGCUACAUCAAGGUGAAGAUUGUGGGGGCUGUGGAGGUGAAUGUGCGAUCUCGCAACAUGGGGGGCACCCACAGGAGGACGGUGGGGAAGCUGUAUGGGAUCCGGGAUGUGAAGAGCACUCGGGACAGGGACCAGCCCAAUGUCUCAUCUGCCUGUCUGGAGUUCAAGUGCAGCGGGAUGCUCUAUGACCAGGACCGCGUGGACCGCACACUGGUCAAAAUCAUCCCCCAGGGCAGCUGCCAGCGAGCCAGCGUGAACUCCAUGCUGCAUGAAUACCUGGUCAACCACCUACCCCUGGCAGUCAACAAUGACACCAGCGAGUACACCAUGCUGGCGCCCUUGGACCCCCUGGGCCACAAUUACGGCAUCUACACAGUCACCGACCAGGACCCCCGCACGGCCAAGGAGAUUGCCCUUGGCAGGUGCUUUGAUGGCACGUCUGACGGCUCCUCCAGAAUCAUGAAGAGCAAUGUGGGAGUAGCCCUCACGUUUAACUGCGCGGAGAGGCAGGUGGGCCGCCAGAGUGCUUUCCAGUACCUCCAAAGCGCCCCGGCCCGGACCCCUGCCGCAGGCACUGGCCAAGGAAGGGUGCCCCCAAGAAGGCAGCAGCGGGCAAGGAGGGGUGGCCAGCGCCAGCCUGAGAGGCCAGCCUCCCCGAGGUUCUCUGGGGCUGUUCAACAACCUCCAAGCAACUAGAUUUUGUGGUGCUUCCCACGCCGCCCCGUGUGACAGUCAUUCUGACAUUGAGACACAAACUGUCACUUGG